AUGUCAUUAUCGAUGAGUGUACCCCUCAUGCAAGAAUCAAUAAACGAGUCACUUCCUCUCUUAUUUUCUAAAGGAAUGUUGAUGGGUUUUGUAUCAGAAAGAUUUGUGAUUGCAGAUAUGAUACUGCAUAUGGCAACAACCUUCUUUUGCCUCAAAGCCUGUUCCGCAAAGGAUAUUCCUGCUUUCUAUAUAUUUGGAGAUUCACUGGUUGAUGCAGGAAACAACUUCUACAUUAGUACUGUAGCAAAAGCAAAUUUUCCUAAUGGGAUUGAUUUCGGGAAUCCCAUAGGAAUUCCUUCAGGGCGAUUUACGAAUGGUAGAACAGUAACUGACAUCUUAGGAGAAGAAGUAGGGUUGGCUAGUUUCACUCCUCCUUACUUGGCUCCCACAACCACUGGAGAAGUGAUUCUGAUGGGAGUCAAUUAUGCUUCUUCGGCAUCAGGAAUCUUGAAUGAUACCGAACAUUUCUUUGGUGAUCAAAUCCAUUUUGAUACACAAAUCAGCAACUUUGCGAAGACUAGACAAGAUAUCAUCUCAAGAAUCGGUGCACAAGCAGCUAAAAAGCUGCUUAGACAGGCUCUCUUUUUUGUUUCAGUUGGCUCAAAUGACAUCAUAUUUGGUCAAUGGCAGAACUCAUCUUGGAAUACAUUACUUGACACUAUAAGUUCACGAUUCAAAUUACAACUUACGAGACUCUACAAUCUGGAUGCCAGAAAGUUAAUAGUAACAAAUUCUGCUGCUGUCGGAUGCAUCCCUUUUAUCAGAGAUCUAUAUUCGUCUGUAGAUAAUUGCGUUUCUGUCAUGAAUCAGAAAGCACAAUUGUUUAAUAGCAGAUUGAAUAGCCUGCUAGCAGAACUCACCAAAAAUCUUGAGGCAUCAAAUUUUAUUUGUGCAAAUGUUUAUGCGAUGCUAGAUGAUAUUCUCAAUAACUACAUGUCUUCAUAUGGUUUUGAAGUUGCAGAUUCAGCAUGCUGCCACAUUGCUGGAGCUGGACUACAUGGGGGUCUAAUUCCAUGUGAAACUCUAUCUCAAGUUUGUCCUGACAGAUCAAAGUAUGUGUUCUGGGAUCCAUUCCAUCUAACCGAAACUUCUUACAAAAUCAUAGCGGAACAUAUGAUGGAUGGUGGCUUGAAUUAUAUUUCACCUAUGAACGUCAGGCAGCUUCUGAAUUGUUGA